AUGGAUAUGCCCGUCAAUGUCCCAGUUGACGACCCUAACGCAGACACUGAAUGGAACGAUAUCCUCCGCAAGCAUGGAGUUAUUCCCGAGAAGCCGCCAUCGCCGACGCCCAUGAUUGAAGAAGCCCUUAUACAAGCACGAGAGCUGGCGCAUGAGAACAGGCUGGAGGGAAAAGAUUUGGAUGAGCUGGACGAGCUAGAAGAUGAUGAGGAUGAAGAUUUUCUCAAUCAAUACCGGCAGAAGCGCAUGAACGAACUGUCUGAGCUCAAGACCGCCAGCGUCUACAACCAGGUCUACCCCGUGCAAAAGCCGGACUACUCGCGCGAAGUCACAGAGGCUUCCAACCAGGCCUUCGUCCUCGUCCUCCUCACCUCCUCCACCGGAACGAAUCCUGAGUCCCAGCUGAUGAUUGAGCUCUGGCGCGAGCUUGCGAAAAAGUUUGGCGACAUAAAGUUCUGCCAGAUGCAAGCCAACCUCUGCAUCGAAGGCUAUCCCGACCGCAACACACCAACGGUCUUGAUCUACAAGGAUGGCGAGAUCAAGAGGCAGCUGGUGACGUUGAAGGAGUUGAAUGGAGUCAAGACGAACAUGGCAGAUAUGGAGAAGGUGCUGUUGGAUCUUGGCGCCCUCAAGCACAACGACUCGAGGCUUAAGCGACGAGACGACAACAACGACCAAGACCAGCCGAAGCGCAGCAUCUUCCAGAGUUCGCGGCCACAGCAAGAGGAGGACGAUGAUGAUUGGGACUGA